GGUGAUGCAGUAUGGAGUAUGUUUGUCCUGCUCUUUGCGCUGCCUUCGCUUUAUUUGCAUUUCCAAAGAAUACUACUGCAGAUGAGAAUAAAUCCUAUCCAACAGCUACUGACGUAGAUGCGCAUGGUGAUUCACGCGUCAGUACCAGCGUUCAACACUGACUAUCCAUCAGCCUACCUUCUUCAGAUUCGUGAGGAAAAUAUAAAAUGGUGCACUAUCUAACUGGACGUAAUAUCGGGUGAGAACUGCACUGCAAGACCAGAUCUGUGACGUUUUUUGUGCAUACAGAAGACAAAAUUCUACUGUUUUGAACUAUCUGUCCAGUCCCUUGAGGUGUCUGCGUCAGACUUUACGUUUCACUCUGGCUUUGGCACGCAUCGCUGCGCGCCCAGAAGAAAGGCACGGCGAUUGAAUGAAGCCAGCAGCUUUCUUAGGAAAAUUACUCAUCACUUAUCUUCGAGGAUGCAGCCGUUGUGGGUGAAGUUUUUAUAGGGGCUGACACCGAAGUGUUGAUUGAGACCUAUCAAGACCGACAAGAACCAGGCAAGAACAACCUUUACCACACAAGACAGAAGAUACAACGGGACACCAGCCAGUUUGGUCUUAAACCCAUUCUCGAUUGACGUGGCGACGUGGUGACCCCUCCACAAUGAGGAAGCACAGCAAAGUGGCCCUGCGGCAGCAGAGCAAAGACAAUGUGACCGAGUCGGUGGCCGACCUCCUGGCCCUGGAGGCGCCCCUGGACUACAAGAGCAGUCAGAUGAGCAUGAACGUGCCCCCCGGAGGCGCUGCGCCUAAGACCAAGCCUGAGCCCUCGCCGGACGACGAGGAGGACGGACGCCCCGCCUGGAACAACAAGAUCGAGUACAUUCUAGCCCAGGUGGGCUUCUCUGUGGGUCUGGGCAACGUGUGGCGCUUCCCUUACCUGUGCCAAAAGAACGGUGGAGGUGCGUACCUGGUGCCGUACUUUAUCCUUCUCCUCCUCAUCGGAAUUCCACUCUUCUUCCUGGAGCUGGCGGUGGGACAGCGGAUCCGACGUGGGAGCAUUGGCGUGUGGAACUACGUGUACCCACGCCUGGGGGGCAUCGGGGUCUCCAGCUUAAUGGUUUGUGCUUUCGUGGGGCUUUACUACAACGUCAUCAUCGGCUGGAGCAUCUUCUACUUCUUCCAGUCGUUCCAGUACCCUCUGCCAUGGAGCGAGUGCCCCAUCCGGAGAAACGGAACCCUGGCCUAUUUGGAACCAGAGUGUGAGAGGAGUUCGGCGACGACAUAUUUCUGGUACCGUCAAACCCUCAACAUCACCAGCACCAUCGAUGACAGUGGAGGCCUGAACUGGAGGAUGACGCUGUCCCUGUUGGCGGCGUGGAUAAUCGUCUGCUUGGCUGUGAUCAAAGGCAUCCAGUCCUCUGGAAAGGUGAUGUACUUCAGCUCGCUCUUCCCCUACGUGGUCCUCUUCUGCUUCCUGGUGCGCGGGCUCAUGCUUAAAGGGGCCACGGAUGGCAUUGCCCAUAUGUUCACACCCAAGCUGGAGAAGAUGCUAGAGCUGCAAGUGUGGCGUGAGGCGGCCACCCAGGUGUUCUUCGCCCUGGGCCUGGGCUUCGGAGGGGUCAUCGCCUUCUCCAGCUACAACAAGCGUGACAACAACUGCCACUUUGACGCCGUGCUGGUGUCCGUCAUCAACUUCAUCACUUCUGUGCUGGCCACACUGGUGGUGUUCGCCGUGCUCGGCUUCAAGGCCAACAUCAUGAACGAGAAAUGCGUCGUUGACAAUGCAGAGAAGAUUCUGGGCUACCUGAACACAGGUGUGCUGAGCCACGACCUGAUACCUCCACACGUCAACUUCUCACAACUUAGCACCGAGGACUACGCCGAGAUGUAUGGUGUCAUUAAAACGGUCAGAGGCGACAGCUUCGACCAGCUGGGCCUGGACGCCUGCCUGCUGGAGGACGAGCUCAACAAGGCAGUACAGGGCACUGGCCUGGCCUUCAUCGCCUUCACCGAGGCCAUGAUUUAUUUCCCUGCCUCGCCCUUCUGGUCUGUGAUGUUCUUCUUCAUGCUCAUCAACCUGGGCCUGGGCAGCAUGAUUGGCACCAUGACUGGCAUCACCACGCCGGUGCUCGACACGUUCAAGGUGCGCAAAGAGUACCUGACAGUGGGCUGUUGCAUCGUGGCUUUCUUCUGUGGCCUCUUGUUCGUGCAGCGCUCGGGGAAUUACUUUGUCACCAUGUUUGAUGACUACUCCGCCGGGCUGCCACUCACCAUAGUGGUCAUCCUGGAGAACAUCUCAGUGGCCUGGAUCUAUGGCAGCAAGAGGUUCAUGCAGGAUCUGGAGGAUAUGCUGGGCUUCCGGCCAUACUCCUUCUAUUUCUACAUGUGGAAGUACGUGUCCCCGUUCUGCCUCAUCAUCCUCAUCAGCGCCACCCUCAUCGAGAUGGCCGUCAAGCCGCCGGGCUACAACGCCUGGGUGCAGGAGCUGGCCAUGGAGCGUUUCGAGAGCUACCCCACAUGGGCGCUGAUCAUGUGCAUCUCCUUGGUCGUUGCGGCCAUGUUGCCCCUCCCUCUGGUCUUCAUCGCCCGGCACUUCCACCUCAUUCCAGACGGCUCCAACAAACUGUCUGUCUCCUACAAGAAGAGCAUGAUGAAGGACAUCUCCAACCUGGAGGAUGAGUCGCGCUUCAUCCUGGGCAAGAACCCGAGCGAGACGCCGUCGCCCAUGCCCACGCAUCGCGCCUACCUCGGGCCCGGCAACUCCUCGCCCAUCGAACUCACCACCACCUCCAUCUCCAGCCACGGCUACGGCACCAGCAGCCAGACCACCACCACCGGGCCUAAGACCGACUUAUGAUUGCUCUAUCCCCCUUACACACACGCACACACACACACACACACACACACACACACACACACACACACACACACUCUCACACUCACACACACUCACACACACACACACACACACACACACACACACACACACACACUCACACACACACACACUCACAAACAAGCACAGACAGGGUAGAGACAGAAAGAGUGAGUGAGACAGAAUGCCAUACAAAGACAAGGAUGAGAUAGGCAGGCAGACAAA